GUCACGCCAGACAUCAGCCCGGCGGCAACGCCUCAACAUUAUCACCACUUUUCUUCGUUCUUUUUCUGUUUCCUAUUUUUCUUUUAACCGACAUCUCGACGAUUCACUUCGAAUAAGGCAAAGAUAAUAAAGUAAUCCGGCAUUGCGAUUCACCAUACAAGAUGGGAGCGCUCCUAUCUAUUCCCAUGCUGGCGAUACCCAGCGCUGGCACGCUGAUGUCCUUCGCGGCCAGUUGCUGUGGUGCAGCCACCUGCUCCAUGGUCUGUAGCGCCUGCGGGAAGUGUGGCAACAGUGUUGCUACCCGUAUCGCCUACGCCCUCCUCCUCCUCGUCAACUCAAUCCUUUCGUGGAUUAUGCUCACCCCCUGGGCCAUCGAAAAGCUGCAGCACUUGAUGUUGGACUAUGUUAAGAUCAAUUGUCCCAACGGCCAAUGCUACGGAUGGCUCGCCGUUCACCGAAUCAACUUCGCCCUCGGCCUUUUCCACCUUAUCUUCGCCGGCCUCCUGUUCGGCGUCGCAUCCUCGAAGAACCCGCGAGCCGCCCUACAAAACGGUUUCUGGGGUCCCAAGAUCAUCGCCUGGCUCGCGUUCGUCGUUAUGUCCUUCCUGAUCCCCGAUGCUUUCUUCCAGGUUUGGGGUAACUACAUCGCCUUCAUCGGCGCCAUGCUCUUCCUCAUCCUCGGCCUCAUCCUACUCGUCGAUCUCGCGCACACUUGGGCCGAAUACUGCCUCGAGCAGAUCGAAAACACCGACUCCCGAAUCUGGCGGGGCGUGCUCAUCGGCUCGACGCUAAGCAUGUACCUAGGCUCGCUCGCGAUGACGAUAAUCCAGUACGUCUUCUUCGCCCGCAGCGGGUGCUCGAUGAACCAGGCGGCCAUCACCAUCAACCUGAUCUUCUGGCUCGCGAUUUCCUUUGUUUCGGUAAACCCCACGAUCCAGGAGUACAAUUCCAAGGCUGGGCUGGCGCAGGCCGCCAUGGUCGCCUUCUACUGCACGUACCUAACCAUGUCGGCCGUCUCGAUGGAGCCCGACGACAAGCAGUGCAACCCCCUGAUCCGCGCCCAGGGCACGCGCACCACAUCCGUCGUCAUCGGCGCCAUCGUCACCAUGCUUACCGUCGCGUACACGACCACCCGGGCGGCAACCCAGAGCCUGGGAUUGGGUAACAACAGGGGCGGCAUCAAGCUCCCAGACGAGGACGAGCACGAUCUAGUAACGCAGCAGCCAGGCCGCCGGGAGAUGCGCGCGGAAGUCCUGCGCCGCGCCGUCGAGGAAGGAAGUCUGCCGGCCGACGCCCUGUUAUCGGACGACGAGGACGAGGACGACGGCGGCAAGAAGACGGCGGGCGACGACGAGAGGAGCAGCACGCAGUACAACUACUCCGUCUUCCACGUCAUCUUCUUCCUCGCCACGUGCUGGGUCAGCACGCUGCUCACGGGCACGGUCGAGGGGCUCGACCAGAACCCGUCCGACGGCGACUUCGCGACCGUCGGCCGCACGUACUGGGCUAGCUGGGUCAAGAUCGUGAGCGCGUGGAUCUGCUACGGCAUGUACAUAUGGACGCUGGUCGCGCCGAUCGUGUUUCCGGAACGGUUCUUCGAUUUUUCGUGAGGUCGGAGGUUGUUGCGUUCCUUUUUGCGAUUUUUGCGAUUUGAUUUUGUGAGGGGAGGGAGAGAUGGUUGUGCCCUGUAUAGUUAGACUUGUAGAAGUAUGAGUUUGUGGUUGAACUCCCUAAGUACGUACAUACGUACGUGCUUAGGUAGGCCAGGCUAGGCUAGAAUGCAGAUGCGUUGGAUGCGGUAAUGAGACGCUGUUCUAUGCCCA